GCUUGACAGUGGUUAUUUCAGUGCGUCAACUCGUGAAAUAAAGUUAAAUUGAUUAAUUUCAGCCGUGUUCCCUGGAUGCAUUGUCGCGUUUGAAAACGCCCACUUGCAAGAGACGCUGGGAUCCAGAGACCUAGUUUGAUUGAUUGUGGACCCUGUAGUGAAAGCCACCACCAUGGCCUCUGCCACAUCCACCCCGGCCGCUUCCAGCAGCCGCGCCAGCCGCUCCGCCAGCCGCCGCACCGCCACCGGCCUGUCUGCAUCCAGCACCAGCCCGACCUGCCUGUCCCGCAUCCAGGAGAAAGACGAGCUCCGACACCUCAACGACCGCCUCGCCAACUACAUCCAACGCGUCCAGGAGCUGGAGAAUGAGCGCUCCAGCAUUCUUAUUGAGCUGGAGGAGAAAGAUGAGUCGAAGAGCAGGGAGAUGGGCAACGUGCGGCGGCUCUACGAGGUGGAGUUGGCCGACGUCAGGAAGUCUCUGGACGGCCUGGCCGCAGAGAGGGCCCGGCUGCAGAUCGAGUAUGGGAGUCUCUGCGAGGAGCACAGGAAGCUCCAAGCCAGGAACCAGAAGAAGGAGGCUGACCUGGCUAACGCUCUGUCCCAGUGGAGGAACGCCGAGGCAGCCCUGAGCGCCAAGGAGUCCGACUACACAAAGCUGCUGGCAGACAACAGGAACCUGAACAACGACCUCACUGACCUGCAGGGCCAGCUAGGAAAUUUGGAGGCUGUACUGGCAGACACCAAGACCCAGCUGAGCUCAGAGAUGCUGAGGAGGGUGGACCUGGAGAACCAGCUGCAAACACUCAAAGAACAGCUGGACCUCCAGAGGAACAUCAGCGAGCAGGAGAUCCUGGAGAUCCGGAGCCGUCACGAGAGCCGUCUUGUGGAGGUGGACGCAGGAAGACGAAUUGAGUUUGAGAGUAAACUCAAUGAGGCAAUGAACAAACUCCGCCAGGACCACGAUGCACAGAUCCAACAGUACAAAGAGGAGCUAGAGAGGACCUUCAGUGCCAAGCUAGAGAAUGCCCAGCAGGCUGCACUGGACAAGAAUGAAGUUGCUUCAGCUACCAGAGAAGAACUGGAAACCACCAAGCGCCGAAUGGAAACCCUCAACUUCCAGCUUCAGCAGUACCAGAAAGAGAAAGGGGUGCUGGAGGGCCGGGUUCAGGACUUGGAGAGGACUCUGGACAGUGAACGUGGGGCUUGGCAACAGAGACUAAGUCAGAAGGAGCAGGAGUUGCUGACCAUGCGCAGCCAGAUGUUCAGCCAGCUGGAGGACUAUGAGAACCUGCUGGAUGUCAAGCUAGCUCUGGACAUGGAGAUCAACGCCUACAGGAAGAUGCUGGAGGUGGAGGAACAGAGACUGCACCUUUCACCCAGCCCCUCUCAGCGCACAGCGGUGUCCCGGACACACGAACAUGGUGUUCGCAGACAAAGAGGGAAGAAACGCAAGCAUGAGGGCGCAUCAGGCAGCUCACCUGCCUAUAAAAUGUCUACACAUUCAACAGAGCAUGGUGCCAUGAGCGUGGCAGAGGUGGAUCUGGAGGGAAACUUUGUUGUACUGAAGAACAACUCUGAGGCGGAACAGCCACUAGGUGGUUGGGUGGUUCGGAGGACUUACCCAGACUCGGCUGACAUCUCCUUCCAAAUCCCUUCCUCCUGCAUUGUGGCUGGGGGGCAGACACUAACUAUCUGGGCAGCGGAUGCGGAGCCUGAGUCCCAAGCUGGGGACUUGGUUCUCCAGGGCCAUAGGAGCUGGGGCCCAAUCACUGAUGUGAGGGUGAUCCUCCUGAACUCCAGUCAUGAGGAGAUGGCAGAGCGCAGGGUGGUGUGUAUGCAGGGCAGAGGUGACGAGGAAAUUGAGCUGGAGUUUGAUGAAGAGUGUGUCGCAGGCAGUGACAUCAAGCACUUCAGGAGACAGGAUCUGUCUAAGGAGGCGAGCUGUGCUGUCAUGUAAGUUACUCCCUCCUCCACGUCCCACUGACCUCCGUCUGUACCUGGAAAACCUGGAGCGUUUGUGGUCCUGGAGGAAGUUGGUCUCCUGCUGCCAUAUGGAUCCACUGCUCAUAUACCAAUCAGCAUUACUGUCUGAGACCCAAACCAAGCGCAUGAAAUUUGUUUUUCACUUCAUCUGUGAAGUUGGUUGCCUCAUAUUCAGUAGGACUUCUCAUUCAGCAAAUACAUUUUGCUUUGCUUUUUGUGUUUGAUAGGGCAUUGAAGUAGAGUACACCAUUCUAGCUGUUACUUUCCGCUGGGACCAUAGGGCUGUUGGCUGCUGUCUUUGUUUCCCAAAAUUCAAAGUCACUCAGUAUUUUUACACCUUUUGUGGGGUCACAAGAUAGUUUUACUCAAACUUUUCCAACAGACUGCACCUCAUAGUUGCUCUAGUUUUUUGUACCAGUAAAAAGAGCUCAACACUCAGUUGGAAAUUGACAGUGGUUUCAAAAAACAGUUGUAAAGUUAUAGAACUUUUACCACAAGAUUUUACUGAAAUUUCUCAUUGAAUGUGAAUAGUACUCCAUUUGAACAACAUUGGUUAUGGCGGUUAUAUUUCUUGUCCUCCUCCUGUAAUGGGUUUUCCAUCACUUUGGUCGAAAACAGUAUGCAGCAGUGGAUGACGUGGUUUCUUUAGUAUUAUUGCAAUUUUUAUGCCAACUUGAAGACAAUAGUUAAAUUUUGCCUUGACUUAUCCAAUUUAAAUGGGUAUGUGGGAAUGUAGAGGCACUGAAGCCUCAGUUGAAGUUAACCUAUACAAAUAAAUUGUUUCCAUAAUAAAGUUUCCUAAACAAG